CCGUUAAUUUAUUCAAGCUGGAAUCCUUUGCCAAGAAGCUUAAGAAUCAUUUGAUCCACCGAUUUUUCUCAAAAGAAUAUCUUCAGUCAUGGCUAGCCUUGGAAGUCCUACUCUUGACUGCUUCCGCAAUGGAUCAGUUGUUCAACUUAAGUCAAAGAUUUCUGGCAGAACCCUUACUCUAGAAGAGGGUGGGCACAUACAUGGUAAUGGAUCGGUAGGCUACUAUGCUGGAAGUCUUGGCCCUAGAACCCCAGUAUGGGGACGCUGGAGUGAUGGGACAUACCACCGUGGGACAAUAUCCAAUGUGGAUACCCAAGUCCACAUCAAGUUUAAUGACGGGGAUACAAUUUCUCAUGAUGCACAUGAUCAAGCUGCUGUUGUUGCUGAUGUCAACCCAGACCCUGAAGUUGUUCAAGUUGGUUCUCGGGUGAUUGCUCAGUUUCGCG